AUGGCGAGUUCCACAGACAGCCGUAAGAAGUCGCGAGAGACGGGCAAGUUGGCGAAAGCGAUCCUCGAGGCAGACUCGAGCCUUCCCAGCCCACCCUCCCACGGCGACCUCUCUCCUCUGUCUCGCGCCACGGAGCUCGGCUGGCACACCCUCGUCGCUUCCCCGGCUUCUCAGCUGAGGCACUCUGCACAACGCUUCCUCGGGCGACGCGACGUUCCCUUCGAAGCCUGCGCGGUUGCCCUCGUUCUCAUCUACGUGGUUCUCACCUUCCUCGGCCUGAAGGCGCUCCGAGGCCUCACGUCUCGCACUGCGGGCGCCGGCGGCCGGCGAGGCUCAGGGCGGCGCGUGGUGCUGCUGGGAUCUUCCGGCAGCGGGAAAACCAGCCUCUUCCUUUUGCUGCGAAACGGAGUUGUCACGGAGACGGUUCCCUCGAUGCAGGAAAACAUCGAAGCCGUCCGUGUGUCGGCCUGCAGCCGCGACGGGGAUCCGGACAUUGCGGAGGACGCGCGCGAGGCGUCGCAGGGCUCCGCGGGUGGCGCGGAGAUCGAACUCGUUGACUUCCCAGGGCACGCGCGGUUCCAAGGGCUCGCGAAGCCGUUUAUCGAUAGCGCCGCUGCGCUUCUCUUCCUCGUGGACUCAUCCGAUAAAGCGGCGGUGAAGGCCGGGGCCGAGCAACUCUACGAGCUCUUCGCCACGGAGAGUCUCCACCGCCGACAGACGCCGCUUUUGCUAGUUGUCAAUAAAACAGAUCUGCCCGAGUCGCGGUCGCAGGAGUCCGUCGUCGAGGACCUCGAACGAGAAAUCGAGCGCAGCCGUGCGUCGCGGUCUGCGCUGCUCGAGGGAGAAGACGACGCGGCGAACUUCAUCGGUAUCGAAGGCGAGGCCUUCAAGAUCCUCGCGCAUGCGCCGAAUCCUGUGGAGGUUUGCAGCUGCGCCGUGAAGACCAACGACAUCGAUCAAGUACGGGAGUUCCUCCUGCGGCACUUCGCAUCCGCCUAG